AUGUCUCUCAAAGAAGCCUACAGCUUGGCCCACAGCGCAGAAUGCCGUCUCGCCAUGGAAGCCAACCGGCCCGAGCGGAAUCUCAGAUACGUCGUCGGCCAUCUAAUGCACUACGAGAACCUCCGCCUUCGGAUCGUGGAGAUGGAGCACGACAUCAGCAAAUCUCAGCGGGCAAAGUCGGUCGCUUUUAAAGGCACAGGUCAUGUAGGGCAGACCGGACUCCGAAAACAGCCAUCAACAGGCCAACUAGGUGGGAGGAAGAGUCCGCCACCACAGCCUGCAAACCACGAGGACGUGAUUAACGACGACGACGACUGGAGCGGAAGCGACGAGGGUGAGGAGGACGACCAGGGCGAUGAUCUGGGGCUGCAGCGCUUUCCUUCGGGUUCGGCCAGACCACCUCGGCCGCCUCCGGAUCUUAUGCCAGAUCUUGACGACAUGGACGACUAUGAUGAUGAACCCGAGUCGCCUGAGGAGCCAGACCAGGAGACGCUGGAAAGGUUGUUGCAGUCGCAGGGGAGUACGGAGAUGGCGAAUACGUACAAUGGAGUGAAGAAAUGUCCAUGUCACAAGCAUCAGGAUGCACCGACGUUUGAGAAGAUGUGGGAGUUGCCACCUAGCGAAGGGCAGAAGGAGGGUGUCACUAGAGCGGUGGCGCAGGUGUGGGUAUAG